AUGGCAUCUUCUCGCGCCCUCCUUCCGGCGCUCCUGCUCCUUCUCGCCGCCGCCACAGCGUCGGCGGCAGGUGCACGUCCUGCAACAACCACUACGACAGCGGCGACAUUUGUCCGGUUCGCUCCGGCGGCGAGCCUGGCGGAGCGGCUGGAGGGCGAGAGCCCGCAGCAGUGCUGGGAGUCGCUGAUGGACAUCAAGUCGUGCACGGGGGAGAUCAUCCUCUUCUUCCUCAACGGCGAGGCGUACCUGGGUCCGGGGUGCUGCCGCGCCAUCCGCGUCAUCGAGCAGCGCUGCUGGGCCGCCGACGCCAUGCUGACCGUCAUCGGCUUCACCCCGGAGGAGGGGGACAUGCUCAAGGGGUACUGCGACGCCGGCGACGACGACGACAUCGGAGGCGACGGUCACCACCACAGCAUCGGCGGAUCGUCGGCCCCGCCGCCCAGCGGUGCUCUGGACGACGUUGCCAGCGACGUCACCGUGGCCGCUUCGGCGGCGGCGGCGGCGGGAAGGAAGGGGCGCCUUGGUGCGCAGCUAGAUGGUUAA